AUGCCUGAAGCGGAGUAUGAUGAAGAGAUCGAGAAGAGGUUCGCCGAGGCGGAGAGCAGACUCAGCGCGCAUGACGAAUUCUACCAGCAUGAGGCAUUUAAACGUAGACAACCCUCCCAAUUGGAUCUUGGUCCCGCCCCCAGACCCCUCCCGCUGGCAGCCACUACUUCCGAGGACAUUCGCUACGUAAGGGAGAAAUGGGACGAACGACAUAAAUAUUUGCCCCGAUACAAGAAAAAGGACGUUAUGGAAGACUUCAAGGAAAUUGAACGGCAGAUUGAUAGAUUGGAAGAAGAGCACGAUAUUUCAGCAUUGAAGAUGUCUCAAAUUGCAUAUGAUGAAGAGAUCGAGCACAAGUUUACCAACGCGAAGCGCAGACUUCAAGUGAUCAACAAGUUCUUCCCACUAUCCAGGGAGGAGAACCUGCGAGGGGUACCCGAAUUGUCAUCUUUUUGGAGGGAUCCAUAUUCGGCUUCAGAAUACUUCCAUUGCUUAAGAGAGGAGUGGGACGAACGACAUAGGUUCUUCAGCCGGUUGAGGAGAAAUGCUAUGAUGGAGAAACUCAAGGACCUUGAAGAUAUGAUCCUCGUGCUAGAACGAGCUGCCUCGAGGGAGACAGAAAGAGAAUGGAAUAGGGCAAUGGAAAGAAACCGAAGAAGAGAAGAGAGAGCAGGCUAUCGAUCUCCGCCACCGUACAGUGAGAGGUGA